AUGACAACACCAGGUCCCCUACCAGUAAACCAGACUGCCUCUGCCUCUGCCAGUAACCAAUGGGCUCAAGAUGGCACCGCCCAGAUCUCUAGCCAGCUCAAGAGCGGCUACAACCACACGGUGUCCGCUAUUUGGCAAGCCGAACGGCAACUGCAUAAGUCCAUGUUUAUAUACCCAAUUUUCUUGUCCGCCGAUCCAGAGAUGGAAGAGCCUAUUUCGGGUAUCCCCAACCAGUACAUCCGAGGGUUAAACAAGCUGCUGCCCUUCCUAUCCACUUUAGUCGCGAAGGGCCUUCACGCGGUUAUAUUGUUCGGCACACUGCUCAGCACCCACAUAAAAGACAAUGUCGGCUCCAUGGCUGAUAGCGAGAGUGGGCCCAUCAGGCCUGCAAUCCCCAUUAUCCGUCAGGCCUUUCCGGACCUAUAUGUUAUCGCAGAUGUAAGCCUCUGCGAGUACACAGACCACGGGCAUAGCUCCGUCCUGCUUGAAGACGGCUCAGUCGAUAACGAGGCAACGGUCACGCGUGUCUCCGAUAUGGCGCUAUCAUUCGCUCGUGCCGGCGCCCAUUGCGUCGCUCCAUCGGAUAUGAGUGAUGGACGGAUCCGCGCAAUCAAGCUCAAGCUCCUCGAAGCCCGGCUCGAAGGUAAGGUCGCGAUUAUGUCGUAUUCUGCAAAGUAUGCCAGCUGUCUCUAUGGACCUUUCCGCGAGGCCAUCAAAUCCAACCUCGUCACCGACGAGCACAAGCGCUAUCUCUUGCCGCCUCCCGCACGCAAGCUCGCGCACAGGGUCAUGCUCCGCGACAUGCAUGAAGGCGCGGAUAUGAUCAUCGUCAAGCCAGCUUAUGCAGAUAUCAUCAGCGAUGCAAAGGGCAUAGCUAAUGUGCCAGUUGCUGCCAUGCAGGUAUCGGGCGAAUACGCCAUGCUCCACGCAGCUGCGAGUGCUGGUGUCUUUGACCUGAAGACCAUUGCUUUUGAAACGACAGAGGUUAUCGUCCGCGCUGGUGCCGACGCCAUCCUCAGCUAUUUCACUCCAGACUUUCUCGACUGGUUGAGCUGA